AUGGGGUCUUCUCUCAACUUUGCCAAGACUAUUCUCAUCCCCGCUUCCAUUGCGUUGUCUGUCUAUAUAUUGUUUUCAUGCCUGAUCAUCCCAUUCUUCCGGCGCUACCAUCAACGGUAUUCGCAAUAUCUCCCGAUGCACACCAUUUCCGCUCACACGCUUUCCCUACGUGAUCGUAUGGCCGAUGCCAUCAUGCGCCUCUUUCUUCCAUCCUCCUGGAGACGAGAUGCGCACAUACCAGACAAUGACAAUAUCAGCAUUGAUGAGGAGGAAGGAGAGCUGAUGGUCGGUAUGAACAUGAGUGCGGCCCGGCGGGAGGCGCUCGAGCGGCACCGCAGUACACCCGCAGAGGCGGUAAGCCGACUAAGUCGGGAACUAGAAGAAGGGUUUAUGGACGACAGUGAUGAAGACGAUACAGAAGAAAGAGGCGGUCGUCAUCGGCUCUGA